GAAAUCGAUUCUCUGCUUCGCCGUACCAAGAAGGCCUCCUGACUGCCCUCCUUGAGUUUGGAGCUUUAGCAGGAGCAUUAGUCGCUGGGUCAAAGGCAGAAAACUCUCCACGGCGACAGAUGAUCAGUUUUGCAUGUGUCGUCUUCUGCGUAGGCUCUUUCAUUCAGACAGUGGCCCCAAGUCUGUCCGUUCUUGGCUUAGGCCGAUUCGUGGGAGGAAUUGGCAUUGGGAGUUUAAGUCUGAGUAUACAUCGGCUAAUUGGCGCCAGCCCACCGGAAACUCGCGGCACAAUUCUGUCAAUUGAGCAGUUCUCUAUUGUUCUUGGUGUCGUCUUUGGCUUUUGGUUUGGUUUCAUAACAAGAACGAUCCCUGGAUCUUGGUCAUGGAGGCUACCCCUCGUAUCCCCUCGUUAUCUCAUCGCCUCCGGAGCUGAUAAUGAAGCUGCCAGGGUGCUUCGUAAGCUUCGUAAUGCAUCGAACCAAGACGUCGAGGAGCUCAUUCAAAUCGAGCUACUGGAGAUGCGAGUGGAAACAACUCUCAAUAAGCAAGGCCUAGAUCAAGACGCAUAUCGCGUAUCUGAACAAGGCUUCAUAAAUGAAACGUUAUACCCCUGGCUCAGACUCUUCGAGCCCCGUUUCCGCAGACAAACACUUCUUGGUAUUACUAUCAUGUUUUUUCAACAGUUCUCUGGCAUCAAUGCUGUUCUGUAUUUUGGUCCACGUCUCAUGGUUAGCCUGGGAGUCACAGGUGACACCAUCAUCCUUGUCUCAUCAGGUUUCGCUAGCAUUAUGCAGCUCGCGGCCGUCACUCCUGCGAUCAUUUUUAUUGAUCGCUUGGGCCGAAGACCACUUUUAAUGGCCGGUUCGUUGAUCAUGGCGGCUGCUCAUGGACUGAUAGCAGGACUGGUCUGGUGUGGGAGCAGUGACUGGCGUUCACAUCAGAGUCUUGCUGGACCGCCAAUGAUAUAUGUAUAUGUCUUUGGUUAUGGAAUGAGUUUCGGUCCCAUCGGUUGGGUGUUGCCAAACGAGAUCUUCCCCCUCACAGUCCGUAGUCACGGCGUGGGCCUGUCAACCGCAUCCAAUUGGCUUAACAAUUUCAUCAUAGGACUCAUAUGCCCUGCUCUUAUCUCAGCCUCUCCCGUGGCCACAUUUCUUCUAUUCACUUUCAGUUGCGCGGCUGCGUUCUUCUGGUCACUGUAUGUUGUUCCAGAGACAAGGGGAAUUUCACUCGAGGAGAUGGACGCUCUGUUCGAGAGCGAGGGUGGCCAAGAAAGUAUGAGGGCCAAGGAAGAGAUCGAAGUCUCGUUGGGCCUUCCACAAUUGGUGCAAAGGAUUCUGGAUUCAUGAUAAUUGGCCUCAUGCGCAUUAUCUACGUUGCUGCACUAUAUACACUUACUGUAUAGUACCCAUGUCCUGUUUGCGGCCUUGCCGCGAAGGUGGCUGGUGGAGAAAUAAGGAUCAUAUCAAUGACGUGAAUGACUGGAGAACGUAUACAUAAUU